UAAAACGUUGGUCGGACUUUUGCCGAAGACGGACCGGACCGGAAGUAGCGUGAGGUUACCAAAGUGCUUCAGAAGCGUGGAAUCGGCGGAGUUUUUCUACGUGCUUUGCCCUCUGUUGAUCAUCUUUCUGCUGCAGCGUGUGCCUGGACUCUGAGCUACCUGCCCCACAGACGAGAUGUUGAGAAGUGCUUCAGCUCAGAUUUUCAGACAGGUUGUGAGGAACAUGAGUACAGACCAGAGCCUCGUCCUGGAAAGAUCGAUAAACAAGGUGCAGCUGUUGGGGCGAGUUGGUCAGGACCCAGUGAUGAGACAAGUGGAGGGUCGGAACCCCGUCACCAUCUUCUCCUUGGCGACAAACGAGAUGUGGCGCUCUGGAGAGACGGAAACAAGCUCAACAGGUGAUGUCAGUCAGAAGACGACGUGGCAUCGCAUCUCUGUGUUUAAACCAGGUCUGAGAGACGUAGCCUAUCAGUACGUCAAGAAAGGGGCGAGGAUUCUAGUAGAAGGAAAACUGGAUUAUGGAGAGUACCUGGACAAGAACCAAGUCAGACGUCAGGCCACCACCAUCAUUGCAGAUAAUAUUGUCUUUCUGAGCGACAACGUCAGAGACAGAACCUGAAACCCUCUCCGUCCAUCCACAGGACUACUUCUAGUUUUUCUUUAGUUUUUUCUACCAAAACAAGAUUUUUGAUGGCAACGAUGUGAAGGAACUGUUGAGAAAAGGGAGAUAGAACAAGCAGAUUGACUUUGGCGCCCGCUGUUGGAGAUGACGACAUGUGGACAUCAAAAGGAGCAGAAAGAUGCAUCUGUUCAGAAAAUUCACAAAAAAUGAGUCGGAUUGUGCCAUGUGCCGUUUCAAAAGUAGACAUAUAUGAGCCCCUUUUUUUUCUGUUCAAACUUCUUCUCAAAAUAAAGGUUGGAGGUUUUGUUCAUCCA